UUGCAGUAGCCAAUGAGGAGAGGGUUACAGAUUGUGAAACUGAAGCAAACAUGCUCUAUGCUGUGAGCCAAGAAGGAAAAUAAAACAGCAGGAAUCUAACACUUCUUUCCAAGAACUGGGAGGCUGCAGAACCUGCAAAAUGAGGUUCUAUGUUGUUUCAGUACUUCUCCUGAUGGCGACGGCGGAUGGAUCAGACAGAUUCCUCCUCUCAGCUCCAAGCGUGUUUCACUUGGGUGUGAAAGAGAAAGUCUUUGUCCAGUUGGGAAGUAAAUAUCUCAAUCGACCUGUUUCUCUCUACCUGGUGCAUGAGAGCACUGGCACGGUUAUGUCUGACAAGAAAACUGUUCGCUGUACUACAGAAAGGGACAUCAAAACUGUUGAACUGAUGAUAAAAAUGAACGAGUGGCUAAAAAUCACUAGAGAAAAUAGUCAACAGCGCCGUUAUCUUAAUAUUGUCGCAGAGGUCUCAGAUCCCCUGGAAAGGAAAUAUAUGAGGGUUCUGGUUUCCAACCACAGAGGAUAUAUCUUCAUACAGACUGAUCAGCCGAUGUACAACCCAUCACAAAAAGUGAAAUACCGGGUGUUUACUCUUGACCACACAAUGAGGCCAACUGAGGAAAGAGUCAACAUAUCAGUUUUUAAUGCUGAUGGAAGCAGAAUAAUGGAGUCUAUGAAGUCUCCAAAGGAUGGUAUUUUCAGAAACCUAAUCCCCAUACCAAGUGUAUCAAAAAUGGGCACAUGGAAGAUAACAGCACACUAUGAAGGUGACGAAGGAAAUGUUGCUGUCCGAGAAUUUAAAGUUCAAAGAUUCGUUUUACCAAGUUUUGAGGUGAAGAUUGAAACAGGGCAGCGCUUCAUUUUGUUGAGCAACGAACAGCUGGACUUCACCAUUUCAGCAAUGUACUCAUAUGGUGAGAAAGUCAAUGGGUCUUAUCACAGCCAAUUCAGAGUGCUAAGAAAAGGUGCAACACACAACAGUAAAGAGGUUGACAUUAUCAAGGGACUGGAGCUGAUUGGCUUGGUCCAGGAUGGAACAGCAGAUGUUGCUCUUCCGUUAGAAAAGAUCAACUCGGAACUUGAAAAACAGUGGAACCUAACCCUCUCUAACUUGCAGGAAGACGGAUUCCAAAUUCACGUGAGGGUAUUUGUCACAAACAUUAAAAGUGGUGAAAUACAAGAGGCAGAAGUUUAUCUACCAAUCGUCUCUCAGAAAUACAACAUAGAUCUGUCUCGAACCCGCUCUCAUUUUGUUCCUGGAUUUCCACUUGAUGUGAUGGUGGUCAUGCGGCUUCCUGAUGGUACCCCAGCAGUUGGUGUGCCACUAAACAUUACUGUACAAGAUCCCCCAAUGGAAAUUUGGCAAGGCACCACUGAUGUGGAGGGAAUGGUGUCCCCUGUCUUUAAUAUCCCGAAUGCUGCUAAGAUUACAGUGAAAGUGUCAGCUGAUGGUCUCCAAGAGGAAAAAAUUAUAGAAAAGGUUUCAUCACCAAGUAACAGCUACCUUUACAUGUCAACCUCCAACAAAGUGUACACUGUUGAAGAGAACUUUUCCAUAACAUUCAACACUGUUAAUGGCCCGAGAGAGGGAUUUAUAUAUUAUAUGGUCUUAAGCCGUGGUAUCAUAAUACAAACUGGCUCACUUCAACUUGGAAUAAAUGUUAAACACAACUUCAAGAUUACGGCUAACAUGGUUCCAUCUUUCCGUGUGAUUGGUUAUUUUCACAGUGAGAACGGUUUCAUCAUAGCUGACUCUGUGUGGGUUGAUGUCAGAGAUCAAUGCGAGAUGAACGUUGAGGUCACGGUGGAGAAUAAAGGACAGCCUCGGCCUGCCCAAUCAUUGGUGCUACAAUUAGAUUUGCAUGGUCAGUCAGCUAAGGUGGCGUUGCUGGCUGUGGAUAAAGCCUUUUAUGGUCUCAAAGCUGAUAAUAAACUAACAGCCAAACAGGUAUUCUCUUCCAUGAAGUCAUAUGACCAAGGAUGUACAUAUAAUGGAGGAAUAAACACAUCAUCAGUGCUUAUGGAGGCUGGUCUAGCUUUUUCAUCCCGAUCUGAACAGCAGUGGAGGAGGAAUUUUGAGUGUACCACAACGUCUGUACGUGGCAAACGUUCAGUUGACAUCCAACAGGAAAUGUUAACUUUAAAAGCCAAGUAUGAAGAUCCAGACCUCCAAGAAUGUUGCACUAACGCAUUUUCUUUCAUUCCUAUGAGACGAACAUGUGAGGAAAGAGCCAUCAGAGUUGGUCUAGUGAAACAAAAUCAAACGUGUGUGGAUGUUUUUCAAGAAUGCUGCAAAGAAGCCGAGAGGCUAAGGCAAAAACAGAAGCAAGAGGGUGUCCAGAGCGAACUCGGCAGGACUGCAACCACAAAAGAAAUUGAAGAAUAUUUCCUGAUGGAUACUGAUCAGUAUAUUCGACGACUGUUCCCUCCAAGUUUUGCAUUCACAGAAUUUGAUGUGAAUGACAAAAAAAAGUAUCUUUUGAAAUUACCUGACUCAAUCACCACAUGGGAAGUUCAGGUCAUCGCCUUAUCUUCUGCAAAAGGUUUCUGUGUAGUCAAGCCGCAUGAAGUUAAGGCAUUUAAACCAGCAUUCGUGUCUCUGAGGCUACCUUACUCAGUGAAAAGAUAUGAGCAAUUAUCUAUUGCACCAGUUAUCUACAACUAUGGUGAAGAGAGACUGCAGCUGGCAGUGAAUUUGGACCAAACAGAUGGACUUUGUGCCCCUGCUUCGGCCACUAAAGGUACCCACGUGACGGUUGCUGUUGAGCCAAUGUCUUCUCAGCUUGUGCCUUUCUCUGUUGUCCCCAUGGCAUCUGGCCCAAUUCCCAUCAAAAUUCGCCUUUACGAUACUGAAAAUGAGAAGGGGUUAGAUGCAGUGGAGAAAACCUUAAAUGUGCAGAAUGAAGGAUUUGAAAUAAGACAGGAAACAACCCAUGUGGUUAAAUUAGAUGGAAGGAGUUCAGCGAAACUGGAUAUUGAUGGAACUUUUCCGGACGAUUUAGUCCCGGACUCAAGCGCCAAUGUAUUUGUUUCAGUAGAAGGGGAGGGCUUUGGCAGUUCACAUGCAAGGAUUCUUCUUUCUCCAGAAACUGUUGUUAAACUGAUCAAACUGCCUUUUGGAUGUUUGGAACAGACGACAAACAGACUGGCACCUACCGUGUUAGCCUUGCGCUAUCUUGAUUUAAGUGAUCAAUGGUUUGACCUGCCUCCUGGUUCCAGAGAUGCGGCUCUUGCAAACGUUGAACAAGGUUGUAUGACAGUAUUAGGUUAUAAGGAAAAAGGCAGUCAAGCUUAUGCAUCAUUUUAUACUGUAGAUUCCAGCAUUUGGGCGACUGCCUAUGUACUCAAGGUUAUGUCAUUGGUGGGAGAGCGUCAAGGAGCAGGACUUACUGGAUCAGUACAAAACGACAUCAUAGAAUCAGCCAAUUACUUGAUCUCAAAACAGGAAGACAACGGGUCAUUCAUCGACCCAAAUCCUGUGAUUCACAGAAAUGUCAAGGAAGACCAAGAUGCUUGGCUGACUGCCUUCAUUACACUUGCACUAAGACGAUCAAAACAAUUCCUGACACUUGAGGAUCAAACUAAAGUGCAAGAAAGCACAUUAAAGGCAACAACUUAUCUCCAGUCCCGGCUCACAGAGAUACACCAUACUUACGCCAUGGCCUUAACAGCCUAUUGUCUCGCAGCUUGUUUGCCACAGGAGGGAGAUCGACGUUCUGCCUGGAAGAAACUUCAGUCAAAAGCAAUAACAGGUGUGACAGGGCAGCAUGGAGUGUCAGGGCUAUGGCAUCAUCAGUGGACCUGUUGUGGCGUAAUUUCAGGUGAGAAUCACUGCUACAUGUGGACGUCAAAUCCCAGUCCAAAAAAUAAAAAGGAGGCAGAUGCCAUCACUGUGGAGACUACAGCCUAUGCCCUUCUAACUGCUGUGGAGCUUGAAGAGUACGAAUGGGCAGAGAAAAUAGCCUGCUGGUUAACCACCCAAGAAAACUACCAUGGAGGCUACAAAACCACACAGGACACUGUCAUGGCGCUGGAGGCCUUGUCAGAAUAUGAGCUAAAAAGACCCACUUCAGAUGCAAAUAUGAAAGCAACAUUACGUGUUCCAGGAAAAUCUGAAAUUACUGACCUUGAAAUAAGAAACAAAAAAGAAAAGGUGGAAACAGACUUAAAGAAACUUACAGGAAACAUGAUUGAAAUGCAACUAACAGGGACAGGAUCCUUCAAAGUAAAAAGCGUGAAGGCUUUUUAUGUUUUGGACCCUGUGGAUUAUUGUUCUCACCUGUCUAUCAGUGUUAAAGUGGAGGGGAAAGUGCAAUACACAGCUCCAAUUAAAGAAAAUUAUGACUACUAUGAAGAUUAUGAUGACACAGAGGAUACGUCAGCACGAGUAGCGAGACAUGUCUCCGACGAGUUCGCUGUUCUCCCACGAAGCAGGAGAGACGUUGACAACAAGCUAAAGUCAGACAGCACUGUUACUUACACAGUCUGUGUCAGUGCUAACAACAGUCUUACAGGAAUGGCCAUUGCUGACAUCACUUUACUCAGUGGAUUUGAAGCUAAAAUGGAAGAUCUGGAGAGGCUCAAGAUGCCGCCGGAACAGUACAUUAGCCACUAUGAGUUAUCUUUUGGAAGAGUGCUGAUCUAUUACAAUGAGCUGCUGCAGCAACAUGAAUGCAUCAGUUUUGAUGCUGUACAGUUAGUACCAAUUGGCCUUCUGCAGCCUGCUCCAGCUGUCUUCUAUGAUUAUUAUGAACCAAACAGGAAGUGCACUGUGUUCUACUCUGCCCCCAAAAGAAGUAAGAUGGUCUCCAAACUGUGCUCAGAGGAUGUUUGCCAGUGUGCAGAAAGAUCCUGUUAUAAAAUGCAAGACACAUUCAAAUCAGACAGAGGUAAAAAAAUCUCAAAGACGCAGCGUUCCGAGCAUGCGUGCUUCUUCCCCAGAGUGGACUAUGCAUACAUGGUUGAGAUCCAGAACGUUUCGCUGAAGAGCAACUUUGAGCUGUACAAAGGUUGCAUAACUGAUGUCCUCAGACUUUAUGGAGAUCUGCAUGUGAGCGUGAGUUCAGUUCGAGUGUUUGCCAGAAGGCUUCAGUGCAAAGGAGAGCUUCAGUUAGGGAGAGAGUAUCUCAUCAUGGGUAAAGACGGCCUCACUAAAGACUCACAUGGAGAGAUGCAAUACCUGCUGGAAUCAAACACCUGGGUAGAACCAAGGCCUCUGACCGAGGAAUGCAAAAAGUCUGCCAAUAGAGAUCCUUGUCAGCAGUUUAACAAUUUCAUCGAGGACUACAAGCUCAUGGGCUGCACACAGUGAGAGAUGAAAGGCUGCAGUCCAGAUCACCGCUGCAGCACAAAGGCUCUUUUGGUGACAUUUUAUCUUCCUGAUGUCAUUAUAAACCAUGACCCUGAUCUAUCCAGUGGACAGUACUAAACAUACAAAACAAGAGCAACAGGGUAAGGCCACUGAAGUAGUACACAUAUGGCUUCAGUGGUGGUGGUGGUGGUGGUGUGUGUGUGUGUGUGUGUGUGUAUGUGCGUGCGUGCGUGCGUGCGUGCGUGCGUGCAUGUGUGUGUUUGUGUGUGUGUGUGUGUGUGGUCACCAGACUUUCAAAAAUAGAGAACAUGAUAAUUUUCCUCUCUUCAGAAUAAAUCAAGUCAUUUAUGUCCAUGAUUCAGUCUAACUGCGUUCUUCAUCGUUUCAGAAAGAUCGUUCUUUAAACUUGGCACAUUUAUUAGUUACAAAUAAGCCAAAAUAAAUGUUGGUUGAUGUCUUUGUUUGCUUGUAACUGCUGAGAUUCUAACUCAACAUUAAACUCAAGUUAGCAAGAAAAGGG